CCAUAUACUCGGGCCACGUGCACCUCCAAUGACCGACAGAAGUCUAAAGACGUCAAGGAUCUUAACCGUCUCAUUGGCUUGAGAACGCGUUCUUUUCGAGAAAUGUCCCUCAAAAUCAUAUUCUAUGUGUACAUUCUUGGUGGAUUUACCUUAGUUCCUCUCCUUCUAUGCGCUCUGGUUGCCUACACCAUCUACACCUCAGAACCAGUCUCUGAAGAUUCAAAGGCAAAAUCCAUAGUGACUGAGGAAGAUGUUGGAAAGGAUGUCCCGGAUGUGCAGGACAUGCCAAAGACGCGGAAGGGCUGGUUGACAGUCCGACGGACGUUCGAGGAAUCGACAUUCGAUGGUGGCUACGUUACCCUUGUACGCUCCUUCCUCGAUGCACGGUCCAAGGAUCCGAAACGUUCGCGGCCCAAGGACAUGUGGUAUGUCGUACUCAAGGGACAAAUUCUCUAUCUAUAUGAGGACGAGACGAUGACUGAUUGCGAAGCGGCAAUUCAGCUGGGAAGUCACGACGUGGUCAUAUACCCAGAGGGUCUGCUCGACGGCGAGCUAUUUACGAAGAGGAAUUCAAUUUGUUUGAAACCGAAGUCGGAUGUGAAGGUCAUGCCGAGUUUGACGAGAGAAAUGAAGCUGAAUGAAAACGACGACGGAGAAAGGACGAAGGAAGGAGAGAAGGCUAAGAAAGUGGCGGAGUCAGCGGCGCAAGCUAUGGCGAGAGAGCAAGCCCUGGAUCAGCAGUCGCCUUGGUUCAUAUUCGUGCGCUCAACGGUGGAAAUGGAGGACUGGUAUUUUGCCCUGGUGCACGCCUCACAACAUCCCGCUCAGACACCUACUCUUGAUGCUCUUCAGACCGUUUUUUCACCCUCAGACAUGAACCUCCUUGUGUCUACAUUGGACGAGCAACCAGACAUUAUCCCUAUGCGCUGGUUCAAUGCUAUCUUUGGCCGAAUCUUCUAUAGCUUUUACAAGACUCAGCAUCUUGAAACAUUUAUCAUUGGCCGGCUUAUGAAGAAACUCUCCAAAGUGAAACGACCCAAUUUUCUUAACGACAUCCUUGUCACCGAAGUAUCUGUCGGCAACCGUACUCCUGUUUUUAGUAAACCGAUGCUCAAGGAGUUGACCAGGGAGGGUGACGCUUCCAUGGAAGUACAUGUCGCGUUCAAGGGAGAAGUACGCAUAACCCUACAGGCUACUGCCACCAUAAAUCUUGGCGCUCGCUUUAAGCCCUACGUUGUGAAGCUCGUUCUUGCUGCAGUGCUCAGAGAACUCGAGGGCAAUCUGCUCAUAAAGGUUAAGCGCCCACCGAGCAAUCGGAUAUGGUAUGCGUUCACCCAGAUGCCCAAGAUGGUCCUUAAUGUAGAACCGAUCGUUAGUGAUCGUCAGAUUACUUGGAACAUGAUCCUGUCUACUAUCGAAUCAUCGUUAAAGACUAUCAUUCAGGAGUCGAUUGUGAUGCCGAACAUGGACGACAUUGCUUUUUUCGACACCAGUCGCAGGGGAGGCAUGACUAGAGGUGGUAUAUGGGCGGACGCUGCCCAAAAGCACUCUGACAUCGUGAUCCCGAGUGAAAAUCAACCGAUUGCAUCAGAUGCAGGACCUCCACCGGAACCGUUUUUAUCCAACGAUGGAAGCACUUCUACAGAUUCUUUCCCGCCGUCCGUUCACAAAUCUUCCUCUCUUCAAGAAACUUCCUCCUCGGCUGCUGAACCUCCAUUGCUAACCCCUUCAUACACAAUGCCUGAGGAUGCUUCAUCAAAUAGACGCAAAACAUGGUUUUCUAGCGUACGAAAUACUCAUACGGAUGCUGAGUACUCCUCGGAUAACAAUAUGGAGAAUGAGUCACGGGGACGAACAUUGGAUGUAGAUACAAGGAAGACCCCAGCCGUCAGAUCGCAGUCGACCCCAAAUGCAGAAUCUAUAUUAGAGAAUGAGAAUGACGAGGAAGGAGCAACGACCUCGUCAUCUCUAGCUGCACCACUCGUUAAGCAACGCUCCGCUUCACAAAGCUCUUCAGGAACAGUGAACGAGUUGUCUAACGAGUUAUCUACUUCUUCUGCAUCAGACAACACUCGCAUAGGGCAAAACAUUGAUGGAUCGUCUCUCGCAGUCCCUGCGCCCACGACUGAUACUCCGCCUAGUCCAAACAACUUUCUUACGACGCUCAAGAGCCGCGCAGCCGACAAACAAGCUCUGAGUAAUACUGCGAAGGAGACUAUGCGAAAGUGGGGAAUGAAAUGGGGUGGUAUGAAUAAACCUUCGCCAGGAUCAUCCUCAAGCUCUUCACAUGAGGAUAUGCCCGAUCAUGACACAGUGGGAGAGAGCUCAGGACUCACUCACUCUCGCUCACGAACGAUGAGUGCUCUGGGUGGCGCUUCGUCCAAUUCUCAGAAAACACGCGCGAGUUAUGCCGAAGUCCGGGCUGCAGUUGCAGAGAGAAAGGGGCGGGUAGAACACAGUCAAGAACUCUCACCCAGUAGAAGCCUAACACCUUCGGCUACAUCUACCCCGAUCGCUAUUCCCCCAAAUAAGAACCUCUCCUCACAAAACACUGAAUUCUCUGACAACAGCUUAGUCUCCUCUAGUGGCUCGUCUGUAUCUUCAUCUAGCGUCCGGGGUUCCUCGUCAUAUCCUAACAAGCCCAUUCUCGAUUCAGAUGGAGGGGCCUCUGAUAUGCAUAACCAAAUCAUGUCGGUUUCCUCAUCGGCUUCGAACUCAUCUUCCACAACUUCAACUAAAUCCAGUGUUGACGAAGCAAAACUUUCUUCUCGCUCUCAUGUCAACCCGGAUGUUUCGAUAGAUGAAGUAGCACCGGCCCAUGCGCCAAUUCAUGUGCAGCCGCAGGCCAAAACCAUGUCGAUACCAGGCAUUCACGCAAGUCAUCGAGGAGAAGUCAUGUCUUUGGGUUACGUCCCGCCAUCACUACAGGAAGAUAAGACGAAGGAUAAACAAAGGGGCAGAACAACAUCUCAGGGCUCUUCCACGCUCUCGAACUUAAGCUCUCUAGGGGCGAGUUCUAUGGGCUCGUUGUCGAAAAAUCCAAAACUGCAGUCCAUGUAUCGGUUAUGGAAGCAGGCCGCUUCAAACAACUCGAAUUCGGAAAAUCACGGGCUAGCUGAAGAUGCAGCUGCUUCUUCAACUUCGCUGUCUCCGGAAACAGAUUUGGCUUCAACAAGUAAUGGUACUUUGUCCCAGCCAGACCCGAGUGUCAUACAAGCUGCGCCUGUCCUGCCGGCUUCGAUGACGUCAUUAUCCAAACGCGUGCCUCCACCUCCGCUACCUCCAAGGCCCUCGCCUGUGACCAUUUCACCCUCUCGUCCGCCACCGCUGCCAGCCCGUACUCCUUCUAGUGCUGGUCUAGCCAGUUUAACGAACUCUUCUUCUAUCUCACAGCACUCACCUAAUCCUUCGAGUCAAAGUUUGACGCCUCCUCAGCCAACUAUGUCUUCCGCCCAGGAUGUCUUGAAGGGAAUCGCUACGAAGGAUGAUCAUACUCGAAAACGGGCAUCACUGACGCUCUCAUCUACACCACCCUCACCCACUAUUGGACGCCGGGUUAGUUUGACAGGUCCAAGAUCGCCACGAGCACCUCCUUUGACUCUAGAUGAUCCAGCGCGCGCGAUAUCAGACACGAGCAAUGCAAACACUUCAGACGCUCUCGCAAACUCACAAUUAGAAGUAGACGCGACGCGAGCUUGGGGCCUAGACGAUGAGGACUUAUUCUCUGAAGGUACCGCAGAGCCUAAUGUACAUUGAGUUGGUUUGUAGUACUAUCUCAUACUAGUUUAUAAUAUUUAGGAUUGUCGAGUAGGGUAUCGUGUAUAAUGUCUGUUCACAAAUUGCAUUGACGAUUACUGAAAAUACAAGGAAUGUGAUCGAAAUAAAGGCAAAUACAAGCUUAAGGCUCAACAACGUGA